UUCAAAGUGUUCGCCAAGGAAAGCAGAGUGGUCCCCACGCUGGAAAGGAGAAAGGAUGAUGGUUUCUGAGACCGACUGGUGAAGAGCUCGGAGGUGUCCCCCAGUCAAAAUGCCUUUUAAAGCAUUGGAUACCUUCAAAGAAAAAAUUCUGAAACCUGGAAAGGAAGGAGUGAAGAAUGUCGUGGGAGACUCGUUGGGAAUUUUACAAAGAAAAAUUGAUGGGACCCAGGAGGAAGAGAAUAACAUCGAGCUGAAUGAAGAAGGAAGGCCAGUGCAGACGCCGGGGCAGAGCCCCCCACUCUGCGACUGCCACUGCUGUGGUGUCCCCAAGCGUUACAUCAUUGCCAUCAUGAGCGGGCUGGGAUUCUGCAUUUCCUUUGGGAUUCGGUGCAACCUUGGGGUUGCCAUUGUGGAAAUGGUCAACAACAGCACUAUCUAUGUGGAUGGAAAACCGGAAAUUCAGGUGGCACAGUUUAACUGGGACCCAGAGACGGUGGGCUUUAUCCACGGAUCUUUUUUCUGGGGUUAUAUUGUGACCCAAAUUCCAGGUGGUUUCAUUUCAAACAAGUUCGCUGCUAACAGGGUCUUUGGAGCCGCCAUCUUCUUAACAUCGACCUUGAACAUGUUCAUCCCAUCUGCAGCCAGAGUGCAUUACGGCUGCGUCAUGUGUGUCCGGAUUUUGCAAGGUCUGGUGGAGGGUGUGACCUACCCAGCCUGCCACGGGAUGUGGAGCAAGUGGGCGCCGCCUUUGGAGAGAAGCCGCCUGGCCACGACCUCUUUCUGUGGCUCCUAUGCGGGGGCAGUGAUUGCCAUGCCCCUGGCGGGCGUGUUGGUACAGUACAUUGGCUGGGCCUCCGUCUUUUAUAUUUAUGGUAUGUUUGGCAUUAUUUGGUACAUCUUUUGGCUGUUGCAGGCCUAUGAGUGCCCAGCAGCUCACCCAACAAUAUCCCAGGAGGAGAGGACCUACAUAGAGACAAGUAUAGGGGAAGGAGCCAACGUGGUCAGUCUAAGCAAAUUUAAUACACCAUGGAAAAGAUUUUUCACGUCAUUGCCGGUUUAUGCGAUCAUUGUGGCAAAUUUCUGCAGAAGCUGGACCUUUUAUUUGCUGUUAAUAAGUCAGCCUGCGUAUUUUGAAGAGGUCUUUGGAUUUGCAAUAAGUAAGGUGGGCCUCUUGUCUGCACUCCCACACAUGGUGAUGACCAUCAUUGUGCCUGUUGGAGGACAACUGGCUGAUUAUUUAAGAAGCAGACAUAUUUUGACCACAACUGCUGUCAGAAAAAUCAUGAACUGUGGAGGUUUCGGCAUGGAGGCAACCUUACUCCUGGUGGUCGGCUUUUCCCACACCAAAGGGGUGGCUAUCUCCUUUCUGGUGCUUGCCGUGGGAUUUAGUGGCUUUGCUAUUUCAGGUUUUAAUGUCAACCACCUGGACAUUGCCCCCCGUUAUGCCAGCAUUCUCAUGGGCAUCUCAAAUGGAGUGGGGACCCUCUCUGGAAUGGUCUGUCCCCUCAUUGUUGGUGCGAUGACCAAGCACAAGACCCGUGAGGAAUGGCAGAACGUGUUCCUCAUAGCUGCCCUGGUGCACUACAGCGGUGUGGUCUUCUACGGGGUCUUCGCUUCCGGGGAGAAGCAGGAGUGGGCCGACCCCGAGAACCUCUCCGAGGAGAAGUGCGGGAUCAUCGACCAAGACGAACUAGCCGAGGAGACAGAACUCAACCAUGAGAGUUUUGCAAGUCCCAAAAAGAAGAUGUCCUAUGGAGCCACCAUCCAGAAUUGUGAAAUCCAGAGGCAGGAAUGGCGAGGACAGAGAGGAGUGACCCUGGAUGAGGAGGAGCCGACAUCUUACCAGAAUGAAGAGGGAAGCUUCUCAGAUGCGUCUUAA